AUGAUGGCAAUGGAAAUGCAAUUGGGAGAGAGGAAGAAGACGAUGACGGAAGAUCCGAUUUCCAGCUUCUGCAACGCAUUGGCUGCUUUCUGCAACCACCUUCACUCCUCUUCCGAUGCCAUCAAGCAAUCCAUCGAUCGCCGACCUAUUCCUCUCGGUUCCGCCUCGUCAAUCUUCAUGCAAUGCCUCAAUCGCCGCCUAUCCACCGCCAGCGCCGAUCUAGAUAUGCUCGAUUCCAUGUCCUUUGGCACUGUCUCUUUCGAAGAGCUCCUAGGUCACUGCAAUGAAUUGUACAAGAAGAACAACUCCGAUCUGCUUCAAUUCCAAGAGCGUCUUCAGAGCCACGGUUACACUCCUGUUCCGGAUAUUGAGGAGGACGAAGCCGAGGAUAUGCAACAUAAAGAUCCGGAAGACAAGUUGGAUAGUCCGUCUUCUUUCUAUGGAUCACUCUCCGUGGCCGAUUCUAACUUCAAAAGUUUAGAAGAAGAUGCUUUACUUGAUGAAUCUUUGAGUUUGAAAAAGUUUGGGCUGUCAGAUGCAUAUCUAGCUACCUUAGCAUCUGAAGGUGAUUUGUCAUCAGAUGAACCGGAGAAAUUACAAGAAUUUAGGCAGCAUGAUCAACCUGUUGCGGACAUAACGGUAUCAUCUGAAGGAAGCAAGUUCUUACCUUAUGUAUCAGAGAAGGAGAAUUUAAAGUCAGCUGAAGUUCCGAGCCCCAGGUUUCAGAUAUUGAAGAGCGAAUUUGAAAAUCUUCCUGCUUACAUGAAGGGUCUAGCGUCAUGGGAGGAUCUUCUUGGAGCUGUUGACAAGAUUAAUUCAAGCCUAAGCAAGAAAUCCAAUGGAUGCAGCUACUUCCACCAAGAUGAAAUUCCCUCAUUUGAAUUAGGUCCUAAAACAAGAUCAUAUUUGCUACUUUUAGUGCGCAUGAACCGAUUGGUUGUUGAGACGAUUGAUGGUAUAUUAUCGUACAGAGUAUUGUAG